AUGACAGCUGGCGGAUCAAACUCCCCCUACCCACGACCUCAGAGGACUUCCGGGGCUCUGGAUAAGUUCAAGUAUAUUGAGACCAGUCCUGCCCUUGGAAGGGAGUACCCAGAGCUCCAGCUAUCUUCCAUCAUUGACAAUGACGAGAUAGUUCACGACCUUGCAAUCACCGCAUCUGAGCGCGGAGUUCUCUUCUUCAGUGAUCAGGAUAUCGCCCCUACAGACCUUAAGCGACUCAUCCUGAAAAUUGGUAAAUUGACCGGGAACCCUAAAGAAGCUGGCCUACAUCGCCACGCCUCCUCCAUCCAGAGCAACAAGGACCUGGGGAUUCCUGAGGCUGAUGACCCUGACAUUCUGGUUAUAUCGUCCGUGGCUCAAAAGAAGGACUUGCAAGGUGCCUUGCCAGCAGGUACCCGUAAGUUUGCAAGCUGGGGAUGGCACAGUGACGAGUCUCAUGAGAAGUUUCCUCCUGCGUAUACCGGCUUCAAGAUAGCCAAAGCCCCACCCACUGGCGGCGACACCCUCUUUGUCUCCUCCUAUGGUCUCUACGAACAUCUCUCCAAACCGUGGCAGAAGUUCGCGGAGACCCUGACAGGCGAGUCUUUCCUGUUUUCUACUCACCAUGCGGCCGAGUAUCUUCGACUCAAGGAGAAGGGAAUGCCAUUUAAUGGGGAUAUCCAGCGAGGCCACCCAGAGAAUGUCGGUCUUGAUUUCACCGCAUCACACCCUGUUGUUCGGACAAAUCCGGUUACAGACUGGAAAGGCCUCUUUGGUGUGGGUUGGGGGUUGGUGGAUGGUCGUUUUGAUGACAUGACGGAGCACGAAAGCAACCUGCUCAAGGAGUAUUUCCUUCGCAUGAUUACCGACAGCUCUGACCUCCAGAUUCGUAGACACUGGAACGACAACGGGGUUGCAAUCUGGGAUAACCGCGCCGUGCAUCACAAUCCAACGUAUGACGUUGUCGAGGGAGAAAGAACGACCUUUCGUAUUGCUGGAAUUGGAGAGAAACCCUAUCUCGACCCAAACUCUACUUCAAGGGCCGAGUUCCUUCAGAAGAAGUGA